GAGCUGCUGUCACCAUCAUAGUGCCUGUGAGUUUGCAGCAGGGCAGAGGGGGAGGAAGAGGGAGCUGGAGGGGGGAGCUGGAGUGAAGACGGUGUCUGUGUGUGCAAGUUGGGGCACGUCGAUCAGGUGCCAGAACCCAUGGGACUCGCUGACUUAUGGGGCCACCACUGGGCAGAAAUCCUGCUUAUAGCCUCACUUUUGACCACGUGGAGUCUGCCAGCUGCAGUCCAGCUCACCUUUGAUGCCAACCCACUUACCACCAUCCAAAAACUGCUGGCCAGACCCACCAUUGCAAUCAGCCAGGACACUGCCACAGAACAGAGGGAAAACGUGACCUUCUGCUGUAGCACCCAGGAUGCUGACGUUACCAUCCACUGGGUCUUCAACGAUCUCCCCCUGGUGUUCCGCGAGCGCGUGCAGCUGUCCACAGAUGGCAAGACCCUCACCAUCCUCACUGUACAGCGGGAAGACUCUGGGACUUACAAAUGUGAAGCCCAGGCUUUCCACCAGGUCCGGAGCAGUGCUCCCACCUUCCUGACUGUGAACUAUGGUCCUGACCCCUUUGAAAUCAAGUUGGAGUCUGGUGUAUCCAGAGGGGAGGUGGUUGAAGUGAUAGAGGGCUCUGUGACCUUCUCCGUGGAAACACAGUCUCAUCCUCCCCCUGCCUAUACCUGGUUUCUCCCCUAUGACUCCAUCCCACCUCCCACCAUGAGUUCGUUCACCAUCCAAGCUGUGUCCCGGGAACAUGAAGGGACGUACAGGUGCUUGGUAUCCAGCGGUGCUACCCACCUGCUUCGCCUGGGUGCUCUUAAAGUUCGAGCCCUUGAAACGCUGACCAAGCCUCACAUUGUGCCCCCAAGCCUGAAUCUCGUGGAAAAUGCCAGCUCCGUGGCCCUGAACUGCCAGACCCCCCAUGAGGGGGCUGGAGUCCUGUGGCUCCUGAGGGGCCAGGCUCUCCUGCCCAGCGAUCACCUGGUGCUGUCGGCUGACAACAGGAGCCUGGUCAUCCACGGCCUCCGCGGACCCUAUGAGUGUGAGGUCUGGAACUGGGGCAGCCGGGCACGAAGCGAGCCCUUCAGGCUCGCCAUGAGCUGUCCCCAGUCAUCCCUGUCUGCAGGAGCCAUUGGUGGCAUUGCUAUCGGGAUCCUGGCUGUCAUUGCCCUGUCCGCAGGGCUGGGCUGUUUCCUCUACAUCAGAAAUGCCAGACGGCUCUCAAGGGAAAAAGCAGAGGACCCCACCCAGGAGGCAGCAACACCCACCACUGAGGAGGAGCCCCAUGCAGAGUCCUGUUCCAAUUGGCUGAGCCCCAUGUAUGCCAAUUUACCCAAACCUCAAGGACAGGUUGGAGUCGAAAAGAUGCUGCCACCAGAUCCCCCAGAGCAGUUUUAUGAGAAGGAGCCACCAUCAGUAACCCCCGGGAACGAUUCUCAUGGCCCCAGAAAACCAUCGCCCGAAGUUACAUUGGAUCCAUUGGUCCCCACUCUACCGAAAGGAAACACAGAAUCACACUAUGAGGUGCUUGUGAAUCCAGAUCGCAACAUCUACGGCCAAAUCAACCCCUCAGUCUAAUGGAGGCAGAUUUCCCUUCUCCAGAAAUCCUAGAGAAAUCACGCUCAAUCACAUAUUAAUGAAAUUUA